GGAUUAUAUUGUCACAGACUCAUAGAUCUCUGAGCAAGUCAUGAGUACUAGCUGAGUGACUGCUGAUAUAUUCAUUCUAGGUGGCUGCCAUUUAUCACAGCAUGGGCACAUUUUUCAGACGAUAGAGAUGUCAUGCAAGAUAAAUAUAAGAAGGCGUAUCAAGAUGCAGUGGUCGAGACUUUUCGACCAGAGUGGAUUCGGACUGCCCACACAAGAUCAAUAGGCACAGAACAGACUUCCCUAGAAGGUGUAACCACAGGACUGAGGAGUGCUUUUGGAGAAAACUUCUUGCAGAAUUUGUCGUACCAUACUGUACUAGAGAUAGCCGAGGAUAUUCAGCUCAAUCCGCUAGUAUGGAGAGCUAGGUAUACCGUCAUGAGACAUUCUCAAUACGAUUCUGUCGAAGCGAAAGCAUUUUGGAGAAGAAUGGAGCUCAUGAAACGAGUUCCAAUUACCUAUCACGGAUUUCUUAUGCACUCUCGGGGUACUAUCCACAUACGAAAAGAAUCUCUAACUCUUGAAACUGUCUUGAAAGGUACAAUGAAUCUGCGCUCUACCGAUCCGCGCGACAAGAUAUAUGGUAUCCUUGGCUUGCUAAACGAGAAGGCUAGAGCCGCAAUUCCCAUUGACUACCACAAGCAGCCAGAAUGGACGUUCGUACCGACGAUGGCUUAUAUCAUACAGCACGAGCCAAAGGGUCUAGCACUGCUUGGUCUUCUUUGGCGAACGCGUCAUUUCAAAACACCCCUACCCUCAUGGGUUCCAGACUUCACCAUCUCGGCUGAUUUUAACGACCAACAUAAUCCAGUUUUUCUGCGUGGGAGUUGUGUAAACCACGAUUGGGAAUGGCCUGAAGAUCUUAGAGCUACUGUUUCCUCAGACAGAAAUAAGCUUCAUGCGUUCAUGGCCAAUUUUGGCCGCGUUACGCAUAUCGUUUCUUUCAUCGAUGGAGAUCGUGAUUACUACGUCUCGCGAUUCAAGGAGAUUGAGACUCUUCUUACUGUUCAAGCACCCAGAAGCGAGCCCCUUUGGCGCACACUUAUUGGUAUCCGCAAUACUGACCAUGAAUCAAUAGUAACAUAUCCCAGAGCCUUUGAAGUAUUAAUGGGGCGGAUUCCGGAGCAGGAUGGUGAGGCACAAAAGAUGUUUCAAGAUGCAAUCUUGCCUAUUUUUCGGAAGCGCAAGUUCUUUGUCACAGAUAAAGGGUUUGCAGGUGUGGCUACACCGAUGAUUCGGGAUGGCGAUACAAUUGCCAUUAUAGCGGGGAUGGGUAGGGCAGCAAUACUUAGAGAUACUGAUUUUAAGGAAUUAGAAAUUGAGGGGAGGUUAUAUGAGGGGAGGGAAUAUAAGCGAAUCACAGGGUUUGCAUAUGUGGGAUGCCAUGAUAGAGAUGGAUUUGAAUCUCUAGCUAACGAGAAUAUGGGAGACCCGGGAAGACAUAGUUGCAUUGCGAGAGGUCUAGAGCAGUGUUAUAUCAUCUAAAGUCGAGUCAAGUCGAGCUUUUCAUUUGUAGUACUGGCAGAAAACUCUUCCGCUUUCAUAUGCGGUUGUAUUUCAUAGAUCGAUUGUUGACUCGAGAAGCUGCUGUUAUCUUGCUUGGAAUAUUCAGUUUGAUAGUGUAAUAUGAAAGGAGUGAUGUGGAUGAUUACGCA